CGCACGGUGGCUGGUAGCCUCGCGCCGUGUCGUGACUGCAGGCGUGUGUUGCAGCGACCUCGUGCGGCUGACUGCGGUGAUGGGGCGGGGCCAGAGCCCCAUGGAGCUCGGCUAGGGCUGGUUCGCCCCCUCGCCAGCCCCCUCGUGUAGCCUCGCACGGUGGCUGGUAGCCUCGCGCCGUGUCGUGACUGCAGGCGUGUGUUGCAGCGACCUCGUGCGGCUGACUGCGGUGAUGGGGCGGGGCCAGAGCCCCAUGGAGCUCGGCUAGGGCUGGUUCGCCCCCUCGCCAGCCCCCUCGUGUAGCCUCGCACGGUGGCUGGUAGCCUCGCGCCGUGUCGUGACUGCAGGCGUGUGUUGCAGCGACCUCGUGCGGCUGACUGCGGUGAUGGGGCGGGGCCAGAGCCCCAUGGAGCUCGGCUAGGGCUGGUUCGCCCCCUCGCCAGCCCCCUCGUGUAGCCUCGCACGGUGGCUGGUAGCCUCGCGCCGUGUCGUGACUGCAGGCGUGUGUUGCAGCGACCUCGUGCGGCUGACUGCGGUGAUGGGGCGGGGCCAGAGCCCCAUGGAGCUCGGCUAGGGCUGGUUCGCCCCCUCGCCAGCCCCCUCGUGUAGCCUCGCACGGUGGCUGGUAGCCUCGCGCCGUGUCGUGACUGCAGGCGUGUGUUGCAGCGACCUCGUGCGGCUGACUGCGGUGAUGGGGCGGGGCCAGAGCCCCAUGGAGCUCGGCUAGGGCUGGUUCGCCCCCUCGCCAGCCCCCCUGCGCCACCACGGCCGCCAUGGACUCCGACAGGGAGCGCGGCCUCAGGCCUCUCGCCUUUGACAAGAUGGAGGGGCUGGUACGGGAGAUGCAGGAUCCGGAAACCGGCGUUCCAGUUCGAAGCCAGAAGCUGUUUCUCACUUCCAUUCCUUCCGCCUUCAUGGGUUGUGAUCUUAUCGAGUGGCUUAUGGAGCGUCUUGACAUUGAAGAAUCUGUCGAGGCGGUCCACAUCGCCAACCAGCUAUGCCAGUACGGCUACUUCUUCCCCGUCAGCGACUCCAAGAACCUGGUCGUCAAGGACGAUGGCUCCCUCUACCGCUUCCAGACGCCCUACUAUUGGCCCUGGCAGAACCGCCACCCCGACAACGUGGACUACGCCAUCUACCUGUCCAAGAGGACGCUACGCAACAAGCAGCGCCACGGCCUGGAGGACUACGAACUGGAGUCGCUGAACAGCCUGAGGAAGAACCUCCAGAACAAGUGGGACUUCAUCACCAUGCAGGCUGAGGAGCAGGUGCGGCUGGUGAAGGAGCGCAAGAAGGGCGACAAGAUCGUGAGCGACAGCCAGGAGCGCGCCUACUGGCGGGUGUACCGGCCUCCCCCGGGGCUGCUCAACUGCCUGGAGCCGGCCCCCGUGCCCAGCCGGGCCCGCGCCGCGCGCUGCCGCAAGAGGUCCGCCGAGGACCUGAAGCGCGAGGUGGACUUCUUGCGCAGCUGCCUGGUGCGGACCAGGGUGAAGGUGUCGCAGGCGCUCGACAACCUGGUGCAGCACUGCGAGACGUACGCAGAGUACGACCCCUUCCUCACGCCGGUGCACCCCACCAACCCGUGGUUCGGCGAGGACCCCAUAUACUGGCAGAUCAACAGCCCCCUAGUUGAAGUGCCGACUGAGAAACGCGUAAGGAGGUGGGCCUUGUCUAUGGAGGAGCUGGUAUCCGACCCCACAGGCUUGCAGGAGUUCACGACGUACCUGCGCAAGGAGUACAGCCACGAGAACAUCCGCUUCUGGCUCGCCGUCACAGACCUCCGGCGCAGCGCGCAGUCCCAGAUACAGCGCAAAGUCAAGGAGAUCUUUGACGAGUUCCUGGCGCCGGGCGCGCCGUGCGAGAUCAACAUUGACGGCAAGACCAUGGAGCGCGUGCACCAGGAGCUGCGCGCGCCGUCGCGCUUCACCUUCGACCCGGCGGCCGAGCACGUGUACGCGCUGCUGCUGAAGAAGGACUGCUACCCGCGCUUCGUGCGCUCCGAGCACUACAAGUGCCUGCUGGCCGCCGGCGUGCAGCCGCUGCCCAAGAAGAGGUUCUUCAACUUCGGCGGGCCGGCCAAGAAGAAGUCGACGACGACCGCGCCCAGCCCGGGCGGCCUGGCGCUGCAGCAGGGCCCGGGCGGUGGGGGGGGGACGAUGGGGCGGCGGCGUGGCAGCGACCGCAGCCUGUCGGGCUCCGUGCACGAGCUGGUGGCGUCCGGGGCGCCGGCCCCCGGCGGCAAGGUGCCCCACUCGCACAGCCAGUCCAACCUCAGCGACAUCCCCUACAGGGAGCCGGUGAGGAACGUCUCGCAGGAGGAGCCGCCGGCGGAGAGGAAGGACGACGUGUGUCCCUGGGACGCCGGCGGCGAGCCCGGGGCGGGCCCCUCGCGCAGGAACUCCGGGGGCUCGCAGUGCGACGCGAGCGCCGCGGUGGCGGGCGUGUCCGACCAGCUGCGCAAGGCGUCCGUGGAGGCCCCCUCCGAAGAGAGGGUGGUGGCGCGCAUGCAGACCGUCAGGAAGUACUCGACGGCGUCGUGCGUGCCGCCGGCGGGGGACGCCCCCGGGCGCGGGGCGGGCCGCAAGUGGUCGCUCGCCCCGGGGCCCCUGCGCCAGACCAGGACGGAGGAGGAGCCCUCCCCCGGCGCCUGGGGGGCCGACCCCCCGGGCCACAAGAGCAGCGACGUGUGUCCCUGGGAGGACGAGGAAAGCUGUAAGGUGGAUGCACCGUUUGUUAAAACUUACGCGACCCUGGGCUACCUAUAGCUAGCUCCCGCUGCAACACCCUGGAUCUUUGGAAACAGCCGCCAUCUUCAAGUCAGUGCGGUACUGACGACGAGAACACGAAAACGAAGAAAGUUUAAGUAUGCACAAAGUGCAUUAGGAAAUAUGAAUGUGUGCGAGUCUUAGUUUGCAACUGUCAGUGUGUGAAUCAGGUUCUAGUCAUGUACGAGUUACAAGUGGGCCUAUGGUGUUCCUACAUUGCCAUGUAUGUUAGAGAUAGUUAAUUUUGUUUAUAUAAUUUUUAUGACUGUUCAUUAAAUACUAUUGUGUCUGCAUUUGUAUAGGCCUACUACUUUUGCUUGUUUACAUAAAGCAACUAUUAAAGUAGCCAAAGUAAAAUUAUGAUUUUAAUGAUUUUUGUAAUGCAUACCUGAUUGAAAAAUUCAUUAAAAAUAGCCUGAUAAGUUUGGAGGAGAUAUAUAUGAAUUUGCAGUUUGAAAUAUGUUUCACCUUGGAACAUUGAAUUAAAAUAUUGUUAACAGUAGAAAAUAAGCACGCAGAAAAUCUUGUUAUACUGAUUUACAUUUUUGUUACUAUUAAAAUUUCAACAAGAAUUAGUAAAUAGUGUAAAACUGGAAUGUGAGACACCAGUAUUUACGUACAGCUUGAGGUUUUCAUCAUACUUCAACCAACAACCUCUGUCUUUUGAUAUUCCUGCAUCAACUUUGUCUCGGGAUAGGAUCUCUACAGUGGGUAGCUGGCUGAAAAUACUUUAAAACUGCUUUCCUUCCUUCCCAACUCUAAUUCACCUACGUUCUGCCAGCACCUCAGUUAUCUUCACCUGUCCUUCAUGUAGUCCAGACGGUAUGCUCCCCAUGCUCCAUGCCGUCCCUGUUUGACGCGAACGAAACGUAGAUGACACAGUAAACAAAAACUGUGCACUACUAAGCACCAGCUCAUGGAAAAAAUCAAAUACGUAGCAAAACAUUAACAAUCACGUGGCCUAAUUACACCGAUAAAAAAAAACUUAUUUCGGCUCUACAGAAUUACAAAUUUUUUGAGAAUAGUAUACCAGCCCAAAGUAAUUAGUUUUAACGACUGCUUGAGUGAGAAUGCUAAUUGUCUGUCAAGUUGUUGCGUGAAUAUUCAAGAGGGGCAGAGCUGUUCAUACUGUUGACUCACAGCUGGAACAAACUGCGAAUGUCUUUCAUCUACAUACCGUUCACGAAGUCACCGAAAACGUUCGUCCGGAAUCAACAAUUGCGUUAUUUAUUUCAACUGAUGUUCCCACAGUAAAGAAGUGAAGCAUAUUUCGCAAGCUGCUGCCAUAAAGUGGUUCAGUUAUAAUAGUGAGGGGGGGGGGGGGGAGAGAGGGGGUUGGGGAAGAGCACAGGACCAUCUGAGACCCGAGUCGUACCGCUUCACCUAUCACUGCGCGAGCGUUCACAAACUGAGCCCCUGUGACGUACGCCGCACGGAUAGCACGACCCAGGCAGCUGUAGGACUCGGGUCCCGUCCCCCGCGGGCAAGCGGUGGUGCAGUUUCGCUGCUUCGCGCACGCAGCGUCGUUUUGUCACGUGCUUACAUUAGUGCUUAUACUUGUCGUUUCACUCACACUGUAACUUGCAUGCCCUUACAACGGAGAAGUCUAACCACUUUUCCACACUUCACUUACAUUAUUAUAAUCGACUGUGUAUGUGUCCUCACUGAUUUUUUUGCACAACACUGUUCAUUUAGUAUAUAUAAAACAAUACUUGUAAACAUCGUUCUGCAUAAUAUAUACCUGUGUAUACUGAUUUACAGCACCUUUAAUAUCUGUUACAAAAAUACACACAUGUGUAUGAAUAUAUACACAUAUACAUAGUAGAUACAUAUAUAUAUAAUACAUUCAUUGAUAAUUUGAGGUAUGCCUAUAAAUUUUACUAGUUUAAUUUUUAAUACUUUACUACGCUGUUAAAAUAAAUACUUAAAAAUGAUAGGCAUAGAAUAGAUGUAGAUAAAUAAUUAACUCAUUAUUAUAUAUAAUAACUAAAAGUAUAAAUAAUUGUAGUUUUAUAAUUAGUUGGUAGAGAACAAUUAAAAAGAAUAAUACAUGUGAUUGUAACAUUGACAAACAGAUUUUUUCCCCAAUCAAUCAAAUAGAGUUUACUUUUUUUUACCAAGUCACUGCAUCUGCCAUUUGUUAUUUUACAAAAGUCUGCAUGAAUUUAUCAUCAACUAAAAAAAAGAAUUUGACAAAUUAACUGUAACAGAAAACACAUCUACUAGAGAACCAAUCAACCAUUUUUAGUCUAUCCACAAAAGGCAGUUUAUUGCUAAGAGAAUGCAAUAUAAUUAUUUGGAAGUUAAAAAAUUAGUAAGAAUAGGUAGCAAAGAUGACAUACAUACUUUAUUGUAAUUUGAUGUGGUCAAUAUUAAAAUAUAAAUGUGUACGUGUCAUAUAUAUUUGUGUGUACAUUAAACAAAUGGAAGUAAUUUACUGUUCGUCAUCAACUCCAAGAAUCCACAAUGUUAGUACUAUAUGACGUAUAGAUAUUGUAUUUUUGCUGUCACCAGCUAUUCACUUAACUGUUUAACCUACAUACUCUUGCAUGCGAGUGUUUUUAAAUGUUUUUAAUGUAAUUACUAGGUAGGGCGUGAGCUGCUUUCAGCGAGAGAAAGUGCACCACCGUUUGAGAUGGAAGACUUGUUGUGUUUGUGUAUUGGCAGCCAUGAGCACUGUUAGACAUAGACCGGGCAUCACUAACAUUUCAUUUCAUGAAAUAACUAUUACAUGUAUAUCUAAUAGAGUACGUACUACAUUUCUGGAAAAAAAUAGUUUGUUAUUGAAGUCAGCAUUAGAAGCAUUUAUUUUUAUUAGUAAAGACAAAAUCCAGCAUAAGUAUUUUACAUAAAUUAUUUUACAAUAACUUUAAUAACUUGCAUUGUCCUGGUAUUAUACAUAUGUUAUGUUUUUAUGUAUAAAUGCGUGUUUGUAAGGCCUUGCACGUUCAAGGGAAAUGUGAUUUUGUUCAGACUUGUGAUACGAACACUAGUGCCAAAUCGUUGCUGUGACACAAUGCACGUAGGUUAUGCAAGAACAAUGCACAAUCAACUCUGUAGUUAUAAAAGAAUUAUGUACAAGCAUACACACCAAGAAGAGGUAAAAUGGUUUCCAAAAAUCCAGUGCUGUGAAUUUUAAAAUGGUUGGCACAAAAUUUUGAACUUUCAGAGAGAGAAAUUAUGGUACACGAUGAAUAAAAAACAUUUCUUACAGUGUGUAUGAAAACUUUUUAUUUGUAAGACAAAGUAAUUCUGUGUAUAUACUUAGAAAAAAUUGUUUACUGUCUAUUGAAAAACAGUUGUAAAUUGUCAAAAAAAAAAAGAGAACAAUAUUUGUUUUGCUAGUAUUUAACAUUCAUGUUAAUAUUAUAAAUAUUGUUAGCUGCUACAUAAGAAUUACUAUGAUUAAUUCCAUAUUGUGUAUGGAUUAGUUAGAAUAAAAUAAUAUAUGUGUUUGUUGAAAUCAUGUUAAAUCCAUGGUUGCCUAAUGUUAACACUGAAAAUAUUUAAAAAAAAAAAAAAAACAGUUGAGAGGUUCUAUACCAUUGAUAUUAAAUUAAAAUAAAAUUUGUCCAGUGUUUUAUGAACUUUGCAUGAGUGCAGAUAUGGCUUGGACCUAUUUUUGAAUCUUUCUGUGUUGUUUCAUUACUAGCGAGUAUUUUGUGGCUAGUGCUUAAACUGAAGUUUGUGAAAACAUGUUUCGAAUAUACAAUGAAUUGUUUUUUUUUAUCAGCUCACUACAUACAAAGCAAAUUAUUUUUUAAGUGAUUUUGUAAGUGAAUUUUUGCAGAUCUUUUGCAUAGAAAUGUUUAUUUAAUAUGCUUUACCAUACAUACUGCUAGUUAUUUGAAUGGCAGUCUUAUUAUUAAUUUUUAUUAUUAUUACCAUACAUUAUUGAGAAUGGAAAAAGCUAUGCCAUGUAUAAAACACCCGAAACAAAAAGUAGGAAAAAUUUAUAUUAUUGCAUAAGGAAAAAAAAAGAUGACUGACUCUCAAGUGAGCUAUUAAAUAAGAAAAUUUGCCUAAUGGUAAAUAGAUCAGUGAGGGAGCUAAUCUGUUUGUAAUAAUUUAUCUUAACCAAUUAUUCAGGAAGCAGUUUUGCAGUUGAAUGAAAGCCACUGUAUGACUAUACAGUUACCACAGGUACAAAAACCUGGAAACACUGAAAAAAGUAAUACCAAACUGCUUUUUCAAAACUAAAUGAUUAUUUUUUUUGUAAAUUUAAUUUGUUGCUUUAAGAAUCUGCAUAAAAUCGUAAAAUCAUUGUUUAUAUUAUAUAUUAGGUACUUAAAAUUACAAAACAGAGGUACCAGCAUACUUUUAUUAGUAGAUUGUUUUUUUUUUUAAUUCAGCAUAUACUUUACAAAAUUUUAAAAUUAUACAUCUCAAAACUGUGAAACACUGUAUUUGCACUGUUUCGGGCAGCCCAUUCAAGUGAUUUGAUGUGUGAUUGGUAAAUAUAUGCAUGGAAGUUCACUUUAUAAAUGUGUUACCAUCAAUAUUGCUGUCACUCUCUACCUACAGGUUUUUUUUUAAGUGUAACAUCUUAACUUUCAGUAUACUGCAAUUGGUGGCAGUAAUUUCGUGAAUGCGACAAGUCAAGGAACGUAAAUCUGUAACAACCAUGGUGCUGCCAUCUGAAGUCGACUACGGGAAAUGUUAAAGUAUUAACUGUUUAACAAAUAUUAACAAGAUGGGUAUAAUUUCAACAACAUUCCUUGUCGAAAAUUAGUUCCAAAGCUGGGAGUUUAGUAUUUUUUUCCAGUUUUAUUGGCUUUUAUCAGAACAGUUUCAUUAUAGGGUUUAAAAUUUCAGUCUGCACAUGAAUGAUUCAACAGUAAACGUUAACUGCUUCAACAGUUGAAUUCUAAUGGCGGGAAUAGAUACUACAUGUGAUUUUGUGUCCAGAAAUGUAGGUGAAAACAAAAUUUGCGUAUUUUUAUCACGCUCUGCAUUAUUUUAAAGAAUUCUACAUUACAUUUUGUGUCCGAGUUACAUAUUAUAAGUAGAGACCUGCAAAAUUCGCGGAUUCAUCGACCUCUAGGAUAGACUCCACAGUCCUUUAUAUACUCGCGGAAAUGACACCUGUUCAUUGGCUACUGACGCGUGUGACGUCUCAACUAGGCUGUCCGUAAUUCGGCACUUUCUUGGUUCAGUGUUUCCCAUUGGCUCACAGUUCCCUGGAUAAAAUGUGGGCCAAUCGCAGAAGCGGUACGAAGGUAUAGUUGUUUUGAUGCUAGCCUAUCGCGGAAUGAAUCCGCGAAUUUUGCAUGUCUCUAAUUAUAAGUUUAUUUGCAACAUGAGAACACAUGAAUUAUAAUAUCAAUUCACUUGAAGAUUAAAGAGAGGUUGUACUUGAAAAGGUGUCAAGAUGCUCUAUGGUACUUAGAAACUAUCAAAAAUUUGUAUUUUAAUUUUUGUAAAUUCAUGCAUAAAACUAAUUCAUAUUUGAUAAUUCUCUAUGUAGGUUGGCUUCUGACCAGACUCAAUAUCUGUUUUAUCAACAAGGGAACACCAACAAAGUGAAGAGUACACAUAUUUUUUUUUUCUAAAUGCUCUUAUUUUUAUCAUUUUUUGCUUCUACUUUCAACUACCAUGACUUUUUUUGUACAUUUCUUAUUUUGACUUACUCUUCUAGCCAUCAUUAAAAUGUGGAGAAAAAAAAAUUGCUUGUGACAAUGUGGAAGUUUAAAUAAUCAAAUAACUGUGUGUGGGCUUGUUAAGUAACCUUGUCUUUCAAAUAACUCUCAUUUUAUAUACUUAAGAUUUUUUGAUGUUUUUUUAAGCACAUCUUUAAGUGACCUUCCAUAUAUACCUAAACAUGCAACUUGCAUAUAUAUAAAAACACCAAAUUGUUUCAACGAUUGUACUCAGAAAAAUCUAGUCUAAUGUUUCCAGCCUUAACAGACAAGCUGCCUAGGAGAUAAAAAAUUUAAAUGAAAUAAUUUUUCUGUUUUCACCUUAAAUGUGUAAAAAUGCUGGCAUUUAAAUGUCAUGACUUAAAUAUUGUUUAAGUGUGUUUCCUAAAGACAAAAUAUUUUUUUCCUUUAUUAAGUGUUUCAAACAAAGGGUUUAGGGACAUGAGAUUAACUCAUGUGAGGAUAUGUUACACGAAACAGCAUAGCAGAAUAAAAUAAAUAAAAAAUACAAUUUAGAUCUACAUCAGUAUUAACCAACUAUUUAACCUUACGGUAAGUCAUACUAUUUAAUAGUAUGACAGGUGCUUCUGUGUUCACUUUUUAAAAAAAAUAGAAAUCCAGUAAUACUAACAGGUCUUAAUUAAGUUUAGUUUCCAUAUCUCCUUCAGUAUUGGUGUUUUUCAUGUGUAGGUGAUAACUAAAAAGUGUCCUACAUUCAAUUAAUAUUUGUAUUCUAGAUUGUAAUAAGAGUUAGCGGCCAAAUGAACGAGCAUUUAAUGUUUUUGAGUGAUGUUAUGACAUACUUCCCGAUAAAUUUAACGUUCAUAAAUUUUAAGUAAUUAAAAUCUUAACAGUAUGAAACACUUGAAAUUGUUGGACUUUGUUGUAUGAAUACCUAUAUGUUAAAAUUAAAAUGUUAUCUUGCAUUAUUCAACGUGUUAAAAAAAAAGCCAAGCUAUAUCAUCCCUCCAGUGAAAUAAAAUAAUUUUUAAAUGUUAUUUCAAUGUGAAGAACUAGAAAUUUUUUUUUUAAAUACUGAUACACCAAUUAGUGUUUUCUUAAAUUCAGUUUAUAUGUUGCUUUUGCUGUAUUUAUUGUUUCAAAGAAAAUAAAAUUAAACUUUUUACAAUGCAGACUGUCAAGGGUAGAGAUUGUAAUGCUCAAGCAAAUAAAUAUGUUCAAAACUGA